UCCAGCAACACUCAGGUGAACAAGCUGAUGCAGACCGAGGAGGGCGGGGUUUAUGGAGGAGAGGGGGAGGUAGGGAAGGACGAUGUGCGACGGGCUGUGAAUAAUGAAGGUGAGGGGGUCACCUACAGCUACUCCUUAUUCCACUUACACUUCUGCCUGGCCUCCCUCUACAUCAUGAUGACACUCACCAACUGGUACCAGCCAGACACCACCAGCCAGGCCAUGCAGAGCAGUAUGCCAGCUGUGUGGGUGAAGAUCAGCUCCAGUUGGCUGGGCCUGGGCCUCUACCUCUACCCUGCUCACCCCGCUCAUGUUUCCCGACCGAGACUUCAGCUGAACAGCCCCCCCAUGGUGUGUGUUGGGGGGGGGGGGGAUCUGAGUCUGAGCCCUCUUACUGAAAUAAUGUAAUAUGUACACAUCCUGAUUAAAGCUCACUGGUC